CACCCCCAAGCCCAUUAUUAUUUUUCAAAGCUUUUGCAUACCUUCUUACGAAGUAAUUUGUCUCAAAAUGCAUCUCUCUAAUUUCCCCGUCGCAUGUCUGUUAAGUGCAAUCGCUCUCGCAGUUCCCACGACUUCACUGUCAUCCCCAACCCAAGUUGAUUCUGCGCCCAAUCCAAUCGGUACACUAUAUCCAACUGAUGUCACCGGAACCAUAAACGGCACGAUCGCCGUGGUUCCAAUUCCAUAUUCGCUCGCACGCGAGCUUAUCCCAUCCCAAUAUGGCAUUCUGAAGAAGGCGUAUAAAUCUGCGUUGCCUGGAUUCCCUCAUGAUAUGUAUCCCCUUAUCGUCCGGUCAAUCCUUGAUCACGAUGUUGGUCUGAACGGAACUCAGCUUAUACCGGAUUUCCAAUCCGUUCACAUAUUCUACCCAUUUGUAGACUUGCUCGGAGACGGCUACUCAAGCUUCGCCUAUGGCAAAUAUCUCAUUCUCACGGGGACGAAUACUGUUGCAAUCGGAGGUUCUGAAGCAUAUGGCCAAAUUGCCAUCCCGGCAACUUUCAAACCAGAAAAUAAUUCCUACGCCUUCUCUCAUCCCUCGAGGGGGGGUCAGGAGAUCUACUUAAACGCAUACACGAAUGAGAGCGACAGUGCGGUAGUCACUACUAAAUUCAAGCCUCUUCCAUCGGUAGGCCCGUGGCCACUUGAAUUCUAUGUCAAUGUAACAAACCAGCCCAUCUUUGCCGACGGCGUAAAGUGUGAUCAGCAGAUCACCUUCUUCAACACCACGCUUUCUACAGGCGUGAAUGAACCAGUUGGUAUAAUAGGCGACAUCUCGAUUUCUGCGCCUUACUUGCCAUCAGACAGUACUUUCAGGAAUGUCUUUGGCUUGAAGUUGGACGUUGCUUUCCUCGAGAACAAUCUCCUCGAGUGUCCGUCGCUGAAGGGUUUAUAGUCAUGUUUGUAUCCAUGGCGCUAUAUCUGGGUUGAGAGCUCAUAGUAUUAGCCAUACCAGAUGAGAGUUGGGGGGCUAUAUAACUUCCUGCUGUGCUCUGGUGUGAUCCAGUGCGAAGAUGGUGGAUCGGCGGGGGUCAUUUGGAGAAGGAAAACCCAUACUUCACAUGCAAAGAUGUGUCAAGCAUCUCUGUAGACAAAGCAGAGCCGUGACU